CCGUCCGCCGCCGUCCCUCGCCACUCACCCACUCUCACUCACUCCAGCUACCAGCAAACCCUAGCUUAGCUGCACCCGUGCUCACCUAAUCACCUCCCGCCGGGCCGGCGAAGGCCAGCCGGUUCUCCAACUCGACCCGGCGACGGCGGCCGACAUGCGGCGCCAGGGCCUCGAUCCGCACGAGCUGGACCGGAGCACGGAGCAGCUCAUGUCGCUCAUCCACGAGAACCUCCCGGACCCACCCGUCUCCACCACCGCUCGCUUCGUCGCCCUCCGCGCCCUCUCCUCCGACGGCGUGGACCGCAUCAGCGGCCUCUCCGAUGCGCUCCUCCGCAACAUCGUCUCCCACCUCCCCGUCAAGGACGCCGCCCGCACCGCCGUGCUCGCCGCGCGCUGGAGCGGGGUCUGGCGCUCGACGCCGCUCGUCCUGAUCGACACCCAGCUGAUCUCCAACGGCCGCACCCCGGCGCGCGCCAGCACGCCGGACGUUACCGCGGCCGUCUCCCGCAUACUCGCCACGCACCCAGGGCCCUUCCGCUGCGUCCAUCUCACCUGCAACCGCAUGGGUGCGUACCAGGGCCAGCUCAGGCGCUGGAUCCGUCUCCUCGCCGCCAGAGGCGUCCAGGAUCUCGUCCUCGUCAACCGCCCGUGGCUCCGCGAGGUGCCCCUCCCCAAGACGCUCUUCACCAUCUCCACCCUCACCCGCCUCUACAUCGGCGUCUGGAAGUUCCCGGAUGCGGGUGGCCUCCAAGGUGCCUCCUUCCCCCACCUCCGGGAGCUCGGCAUCUGCAGCGUCGCCGUGGAGGACGGGGACAUUGACGCCUUCGUCGCCAGGAGCCCCGCCCUGGAGAUCCUCAACAUCCAAGGGAGGAUGAAGGGGGUGCGUCUCCGCCUCGUCAGCCACAGCCUCCGGUGCGUGCAGAUCUGCUCUUUCGUCAUGGAGAGCAUCGAGGUGGUGAACGCCCCGUGUCUCGACCGCCUCAUCCUGUCGGAGUGUCUCGGCCCCGCCGGCGGAUCGUGUACCAGAGUCAGGAUUGGCAACGCCCCCAAGCUGAGAAUAUUCGGGUACCUGGAUCCAGGAAAAUACGUGCUAGAGAUCCGAGACACUGUCAUCACGGCUGGGAUUAAGAUAAGUCCAAGCAUGAUGAUCACAACCGUGAAGGUCCUUAGUUUGAGGGUGCGGUUUGGAGUCUACGAUGAUGUCAAGAUGGUGCCCGCCUUCCUCAGAUUCUUUCCCAAUGUUGAGGCGCUGCAUAUGACGUCUGAAAAAUGUGAUCACCUCGCUGGCACGUUCGACCUCAAGUUCUGGGAAGAGGUCGGUCCCAUCGUGAGUGUGCUCUUGCGCCUCAAGGUGAUCACGUUUCGUGAGUACCAUGCGAGGCAAGAUGAGAUUGCCUUCCUCCAGUACAUCUUCCAGAAUGCAAGGGUGCUCAAAGAUGUAAUGAUUCAGAUGAUCAAUCCAAGAUUCACUUCACUGUCAGCAGAUGAGAUGACCAACACCAUAAACAAUAUGCCUAAUGAGAAAUGGGUCAGUGAAUUUGAUCUUGCUAUCUGUCGGAGCAUUGGUCCAGAAGGAUUGAGUCCUUGGACUUUUGAGCGAGGAGCAAACCUUUGCGACGAUGACCCUAUUGCGCCGGUUAAAUUCAUCACACUACGGGUGUAGGCCCGGCCACUCACCAGCAGAAGCCACAAGCUGGCAAGCAUCGCAACUGAGAUUGUUGACACGUGGAGUCAUGGAGUAUGCACUAGCCUGGUUGCUUUCCAUGGUUCUUGUUGUGAUCGAAUUCUGCAAUGGUGUCAAGUUGCCUCUCUUUUUUGUAACGAGCAGUGUGCUCUAUUGCCAGAGAUCAUUCUUCGAAUUAAGGAACUGUGUGUAACUGAAAAAGACAUGGUGGAGUAGCCAACGUUAGCCGUUAGGCAGAAUUAAGGUAGUACCAUAGACUAAGAAACAAGUUUAUUUUGGUUAUGAUGAACUACCUGUGUACCUUGCAGCCUUGCAAUUGUUAUAUCCUACUACUAGUUCAGUAUGGCUAGAGCA